UGAAACGAUAACCUCAUAUAGCUAAAUUUUUUUACUUCGGUUAACUUAAGUUUUUUAUUGUUUUCACUGUGAAGUGUAGGCUAUCCAGUAGCCUGUAUGCCAUAAAAAAUGUUAUGGAAAUUUAUAUAAUUUGUGUAUGGUUUGUUUCAUGGAGGUAAGAAGUUUGUUUCACACAUGGAGUUCUUACCUCCAUUGUUUCACAGAUAGUUUCGUAAUCUCUGGUUUCAUUUGACUGAUAAUCGAAAACAUGUUUGAAAUGAAUUUUGUUAAUUUAUUAUUUAUUUUGUUAUUAGGAGCAUUUGCCAAUUUAUGAGUUGUCCAAUAGUAUUAUGGGCAUUAGUUUACGAUGAAUUUUUGUCGCAAUUAUCAAUUCGGUUCACGUAUGUGGAUCGUGCUGAGAUGUUUCAAUAACCUUAAAUAUAAAAAUUGUUCCGUUUCAUGCACUGUUUAUUCGUUACGCUUUUUUGGUUGGAAUUCAUUUCGUGAGCGUGGAGUGGUGCCUUUGUGCAAAUAUCUUUCUGCAUGGCAUUGCCUCGAGCCACAGCCAGGGUUGUGUUUGGGACCGAGGACCUCAGACUCCAGGAGGGCCCGUUUGGGAACACUCGGCGGGUCGCUAGCCUUGGUCGCGGCGAUUUGUUCCGAUCGCCAAAAUGAGAUGAACGAGAAGAGGCUGUUCCGUGCAGCCAAGUUCGGCCACGUGCAGGAGAUAAAGAGGCUGGCGGCUGAGGGAUGCGACCUGAACCGCCGCCACAGCCUGGGCUGGACCGCGCUGCACGUCGCUGCCGUCAACGGCCACGAGGACGUGGUGCGUGUUCUGCUGGACGCAGGCGUCGGCCCCGACUCGCGCGAUGAGUUCGUCAACGUCUACCGCACGGCCCUCGACAAGGGUACACACUCGCUGGACGUGCUGGCGAAGCGCGAGGACGAGUUCAGCGAGCGCCUGAGCACGCGCGCCAACUUCCAGGGCUUCACGGCGCUGCACUACGCCGUGCUGGCGGACAGCGCGGGCGUGGUGCGACUGCUGCUGGAGCGGGGGGCCGACCCCACGGUGGAGAACAGCUCGGGCCACCGCCCCGCCGACUACGCCCGCGACCAGGAGCUCAAGGACUUGCUGGAGCAGCACGCCCGCAAGUUCGACGAGGCCGCGCGGCUGCGGGAGGCGGAGGAGCGGCGCAGGUUCCCGCUGGAGGAACGCCUGAAGCAGCACAUCGUGGGCCAGGAGGGCGCCAUCGUCACAGUCGCCUCCGCGAUCCGGCGCAAGGAGAACGGCUGGGCGGACGAGGAGCACCCGCUGGUGUUCCUGUUCCUGGGCUCGUCGGGCAUCGGCAAGACGGAGCUGGCGAAGCAGCUGGCGGCCUACAUGCACCGCGGCCGGCCCGGCGCCUUCAUCCGCCUCGACAUGUCCGAGUACCAGGAGAAGCACGAGGUGGCCAAGCUGAUAGGCGCGCCGCCGGGCUACGUGGGCCACGACGACGGCGGCCAGCUGACCAAGCAGCUGCGCAAGUGCCCCGCCGCGGUCGUGCUGUUCGACGAGGUGGACAAGGCACAUCCGGACGUGCUGACCGUGCUGCUGCAGCUGUUCGACGAGGGCCGGCUCACGGACGGCAAGGGCAGGACCAUCGAGUGCAAGGACGCCAUAUUCGUGAUGACCUCGAACCUGGCCAGCAGCGAGAUAGCAGCGCACGCUCUGCAGCUGCGCAAGGAGGCGGAGGAGCUGUCCGCUCAGCGCCUUGAUUCCCAGCAAGACGUGGACAAGCUGACGGAGAGGAUCACCAUAUCGCGACAGUUCAAGGACCAGGUGGUGCGGCCCAUCCUGAAGGCACACUUCCACCGCGACGAGUUCCUGGGCCGCAUCAACGAGGUGGUGUACUUCCUGCCGUUCUCGCAGUCGGAGCUGAAGCAGCUGGUGGAGCGCGAGCUGCGCUUCUGGGCCGCCAAGGCGCGGCAGAAGCACCACAUCGAGCUGGAGUGGGAGCGCAUGGUGGAGCUGGUGCUGGCGGACGGCUACGACGUGCACUACGGGGCGCGCUCCAUCCGGUACGAGGUGGAGCGGCGCGUGGUGAACCAGCUGGCCGCGGCCCACGAGCGCGGCCUGCUGGUCGCGCACGGCACCGUGCGGCUGCAGGUGGAGUGGUCGGAGCAGGGGGCCCCCGCCAUCUGCCUGAAGGUGCGGCCGCGCGGGGAUAAGCACUUCAGGGACGUGCUGCUCGCCUCGCCCGGCCUCGGCCAGUGACGGCUCUCCCGUCUUGCGUGCGAUAGCAAGAGCUGGCGUAGUUUUGAGCGCAGCAGGUAUUGUCGCUGGCUGCUCGGACGAGUGUGAAAUGUAUCCGAGACCGCAACAGGCAUGGCAUGUCCUGUGAAGCAGGGAGCACGCAGUCAGGAGUGCCCAGCUGUCGCCAUGGCAACCCAACAAAGAUUGCUUCUUUGGACUCUGUGAUAUUUGUGGAAGUAACUGACAAACAUUAGAUGUGGUGUGUAUAUUUUUUUAAAUAUAUUACGUUUAAAUGUUGCUUCUGUCUUUAUGUAAAAUUUCUUGGAUACAUAUAUUUUUUUUCAAUCUUCAACAGUUUAUGAAUAGUAAUGUUCUGUGUUUAAUAUUUUGAUAACAUGUCCAUAGAUCACUCUUUUAAUGCCAUUCAGUGGACGUGUUACAAAUAACUAUUCAUAAACAAAAAUUACUGAACUAAAAUUGUAAACAUCCACUGUACAAUUUAUAUUAUCUUAUUUUACAACUACAUAUAGUUAUUAAUGAUUUUACCCUCAUAGAUUUAUAUUAGUUAUUAUUAAUAAAUAAAGAUCAAAACUGUCUGCCUUUUCAAAAACUUAUUUUCAAAGAAAUCAAGAUAUAAGACGUAUCACUUUGUGCUGAACAUGGAAACCAUCAAUAGACUCUGUAGCAGUACAAUGUACAUUGGAGACAUUAAAGUAGCAUCCAUUUAA